CCCCCCCCCCCCCCCCCCCCCCCCCCCCCCCCCCCCCCCCCCCCGGGCCCCCCCCCCCCCCCCCCCCCCCCCCCCGCGAAGCCCCGAUCUCCUUCACCUCUCCUCUCUUCUCCGUGCCAGAUCGUUGUUUAUGAGCUCGAAGGAGAAGCCCACCCUCGGAGGCCAGCGGAUUAAGACCCGCAAGCGGAAUAUCGCAGCUCCUUUGGACCCUUCGUCGUUCUCUGAUGCAAUUGUCCAGAUUUAUCUGGAUAAUGCUGGAGAUCUGGAACUUGUUGCCAAAAGUAUAGAGUCAUCAGAUCUCAACUUCUCACGUUACGGUGACACUUUCUUUGAGGUUGUUUUCAUUGGUGUGCGUACUCAGCCUGGUACGAUUAAACCCGAAGAAGAGGGAGAGCGCCACCCCUAUUCUCUCAUUGACUGUGCAGCACAACGUGAAGCAAUAUUACCUUAUGUCCUCUUUAUUCAGAAAACAUUGCGCAGGAGGCCUUUCUUAAUAAAAAGUCUUGAAAAUGUUAUGCGAAAGUUUCUCCAGUCCUUGGAGUUCUUUGAAGAAAAUGAGAGACAGAAACUUGCCAUUUUCACGGCACUUGCAUUUUCUCAGAAAUUAUCAGGUCUGCCACCUGAAACUGUCUUUCAGCCAUUGCUUAAGGACAAUCUUGUUGCCAAAGGGAUAGUUCUUUCAUUCAUUACUGAGUUCUUCAAGGAAUAUCUGAAGGAAAAUAGUUUGGAUGAUCUGAUUGCACUUUUAAAGAAAGGCAAAAUGGAGGACAAUUUACUUGAAUUUUUUCCAUCAGGAAAGAGAACCUCUGAGGCUUUGUCUGAGCAUUUCACCAAAGAAGGUUUGACUAGCCUUGUUGAGUACAAUACCAAGAAAAUGUUUGAAGUUAAGCUCAAGGAGAUAAAGUCAACUCUGACCACUAUGAUCAAUGAAGAAGCUGAAAUAUCUGAAGUAACUGAGGUUGUCAAGCAACAGGUUAAAGAUGCUAAAUUUCCUGAUAUAGAGGUUGUUCGCAUGCUGUGGGAUGUGCUGAUGGAGGCUGUUCAGUGGUCUGGAAAGAACCAGCAGCAAAAUUCUAAUUCAGCACUUAGGCAGGUGAAUGCUUGGGCUGGUCUUAUGAAUGCAUUUUGCACAAGUGGAAAGCUAGAACUGGAACUCAUAUACAAGGUCCAGACACAGUGUUAUGAGGAUGCUAAGUUGAUGAAGCUGUUCCCUGAAAUUAUAAGAUCACUGUAUGAUCAAGAUGUCCUAGCUGAAGAUACCAUACUUCUUUGGUUCCGCAAGGGUUCAAACCAAAAAGGAAGGCAAUCUUUCGUGAAAGCUCUGGAGCCUUUCGUCAAAUGGCUUGAGGAGGCAGAGGAGGAAGAAUAAAGAGGCAUGGUUGUUGCUUUAAAAUGAGUAUUUCCUUAUACCCCAUGUUUGCGGAGGCGGUGGUCAUCCUUUUGCUGCUUAUUACUGAACAAACCUUUUAUAUUCGCAUGUGAGCAUUGCUGUCGUUUUCGACAUUAUUGUACCAGGAUUUGGAAGGAACGUUGCCUACUUUUGUGUCGUGUAUUAGUUGUUACAUGGAUAUUUAUGCAGAGUGCACAUUUUAACCCUGGACUAUCUCUUCAAUUAAGAAGAGGCGAACACAAGUUUA